AUUAAUAAAACCAUAUUUAUAAUACAAAAAAAUAUAAUAUAUACACAAACUUCCCAUAACAAUAACAUAUAUUUAAAUAUACAAAACUUUAUUUUUUUCUAAACUUAAAUAUUUAUAAAUAGCUAUCCUAUUAUUAUAAUAAUAAUAUUUUUUUCUCAUUAAAAUUAUAAAAAUAAUUAAAUUUUUUUAUUUUUAUAAUAAUAUCAUAGGUUGAUCGAUUACAUCCCAUAUAAUUAGCUCAAUUUGUAUAAAAGAAAAUAAAUUAAAAAACUUUUAUUAAAAAAAAACUCAACUAAAAUUUAAAAAUGAAUACUUCAAGAAUCAUAUUAUCAAAUACCAUUAGAAACCACGUUGCUAAAAGACAAUUAACAACUUUUACAACCGCCUCAUUAAGUCAAGUUAAGGGCAAAGACGGUAAACUUUAUACUGUCCCACCAAAGAAAUGGGAAGAGGGUAUUUCUACUCCAAGUGAAUCCAUUGUUAAAGCCGAAAGAGCUCCAAACAUGCCAAUUGAUGAACUCCAAAAAGUUUCUGCUGCUAAAUUUACCACAGCUACCCAUAAGAAAAGUUUUCAACUCAAAUAGAUUUUUUUCUAUUUUGUAAAUAAAUUUAAAAAAAAUUAAAAUAAAAAAUAACAUCAAAAAAGAAAAAUAAAACAAUGUAAAUAGAUUUGACAAAC